UGGAGGGAAGUGGUGGAGAAAUACGGAAGCGUGGAGCUGGAUAAUAAAGGGAGCGUGGCGCGCGAUCAUCUGGCGUUAGAACGAACAUUCCUCGCCUGGCUUCGCACUUCACUCGCCUUCGCCUCCAUCGGCAUCGCCGUCACCCAGCUCUUCCGCCUCAACACCUCCAUCGCCACCAAUGACGCCGCCUCCCCGUCCUUAUUCGACGCCGCCUCGCCCACCUGGCUCGCCCAACAAUCCCCAUCGGGCAUCGAAACGCGCCUCCGACACGUUGGCAAGCCGCUCGGGGCGACGUUCAUCGCCGUGGCGAUGGUGGUGCUAUUCACGGGGUAUCAUCGGUAUUUCGAGGGGCAGCACUAUAUACUGCGGGGGCGGUUUCCGGCGAGUCGAGGGAGUGUAGUGUUGGUUGCGGGGUGUGCGGGGGCGUUGAUCGUGACAAGUCUGGUGGUGGUGCUGGCGAUUGGACGGACGGGGUUUGAU